UUCUCCUGAAACAAAAAAUGCGUCUUCUUAUAAGCAGGAGAUGUGAAGGAGCCACAGAAUUUCUAUUCUGUGAAGGAGCAGUCCCAUAAUCCCUGGCGCGGAAAUCCAAAUCUGUGUCUGUGUAUUUGUUUUUGGCUAUCAAAAUGGCUUCCAGUGGCAGUUAUCAUUUGAAAACGAAUUGUACAAAUGUCGAUGUAACAUCAAACUUAAAGCAGAGAAGACAUGGAGAAGCAAUAAGAAUGCAAUCAAAGGGCCUUAUUGCAAAUAGAAGUGCUUAUUCGAGUGAUUUUUCAGCCUGGAUUGAGUGUUUCAAAAAUAUUGAUGUUGGGCCUUGCGAUCUACACAUUGGACCUGGACAAGCUCAUGUUGAUGCUGAAGAGAUGCAUGCAAAGAUAAAGCAGAUUGAAAAGGAUCGCAAUGAGAAGCUCAGACAAUUUCAGCAAGAGGUUUCUGAAAGAGUGAGAAAAGUGAAAAGAUUUGAGCACAAGAAAGAGCUCAAUAAAUCUUUAGAAAAGGUGGAGAAAGAAACCAAUGUAAUUUGUCAGAGUGCUUUUCCAAAGAAAAUACCGACAGCUAGAAGGAAUACUUGCUCAUUUAGAUCCAGUAUAUCUGCUGACAAAAUUAAGAACAUUAUGGCUGGAGAGGCAAACACAGAUGCAAGUCACAGUAUGGAUAAUGUAUUGAGCUCUGUGCAAGAAAUUGAUCAGAAAACUCAGCAAAUAAAAGAGCAGUCAAGCCAAGCAAGGGCCUGCUUGUUGUCGAAAGUGAUGAACACAGACUUGUCAGGCCUUCCAGGAGGCUACUGGGGGCAGGCAAAGCCUCAAAGAAAAAGUUGCGAUGAGGAUUUAAAAGCUGAUCGAGACGCAAGCCAAGUUCUUGAUCAGCUUUCCUUACAUUGUGACAAUGAGCAGAAAAGACAGCCAGGUGAAAUUUUAAAUGAUAUGUGGAAAGGGUUUGACACUGAGAGGUCCUUAAAACACCAGUCUUCAAAGAUUAACACCGAGAAAGAUCACUGUGACAGGGAAUUCCACAAGGCAAGGAGAAACAGCAAAGAGAAGCGUAAAAUUCGCUUUAAUCUUCCGGAAACAGAGGCUAUGCCGUCUCAUAAUGACGAGUCUCACAGUGGUAAUCUAGAUUUGCUUGCUAGACAAUCGAAGGCCAAAAAAGACCCGAUAGUGACAAACUUUGGAGCUGAUAACCAAAUAGAUAAAGAGAAUAAGCAGCAGUAUUGGACUUACAGGAAAUUAUUCAUGGAUAUUGAUAGAGAAAAAGUGCGGGAAAUUCAAAGACGAAAGAAUCACCUAAGAAUUAUCACAAGGCUAAAGCAAGAAAAGGAAACUGAACGACUGAAGAUGGAAAAGGAAGUUGAAGUCUGCAUUCCAAAUAAAAAUCACGAGGAUUCAGAUGGAUUGGUCGAUGGUGUGAAACAAGUCAAGAGCAGCGUAUGCACAAAACAAAACAUGGAAAAAAGAAAAGAGACCAUGAGGUACAUAGAUGCUCUCAAGAGCCUUAUUCUUCAAAGAGUCAAUGGAGAAGACUCACGUCUGCCACCAAUAUGCUCAUGUGGAACUACAUUGAUGGAAACGCAUCCAGAGACGUGUGCAAACAAUUGUGUCUUCUAUCAAAACCCAAAAGAAUUCGCACGUGUUCUCUCUACCGUACUGGCAACCAUGGAUAGCUGAAUUGUACCAAAGAAGACGAGUCCUAUAAUUUACAGUAAUUGUUUUUAAUGUGAAGUAUCUACAAUAUUUUCUCAAAAUCUUCUAAAUAAACUCGUUUUUCUUGCUUAUUCUUCGUACAACUAGCAGUCCUCAUAGCCAUUACAAUGUGCCUAAACGAUUACAACCACGAUAUCUCGGUUUAUAGGCUUGGUUUACGUUGAUGAGCACCACUUAUGAUAUUUCUAUUUAUCAAGAUGUUUCGAAGAGGGAUGUUGCAUCCUGCUAUUUCCGAAUCCUCACUUUUCGGCAGAAUUGAAACCUGAAUCGAGUUUAUUGGUAAAUUUUUUUGAAAAUACGAACAGCACUCUCAAAUGUAAAGACAUGCCAUUGCCUAUGUUCAUAACCCUGUCUUGGUGUUCCGCUUCUGCCAGAGUAUUUCCGUGGCUAUAGAUUCAUGAAAUAUUGCCAAUCUCCUAAUCAAGAACAAUUUGGUCCACUACUUCAAUCGGGGACUCAUUUUUCCUUUAUUCAAUGCUCAUUUUUCUUCAUUCUGUAAACUUUUGAAAAAACUGCUAAAUCUUACCAUACGUAUGUACAUCAAGGCAAAACAAAACUAUGGACAGGAGAGGUACUGACUACCAAGCUAAGAAUAAAACAGCAUAAUCAGGGGCGAAAAUCCCGGGGGUGUAGGGGGUGUAGGGGGUGUGACCCCCCCCCAAUCUAAAAAAUGGUCGAUUUCGCAGGGCAUAAUGAAGAAUUUUUUAAAGCGCAGGAACGCAACCACUGAAGUUUGUAAAUAGCCCGUUUAUGAAUUUUGAAAUAGAUAUAUCACAUUUGCGAUGAUCUUCCCUUCCUGACAUUGCAAAAUGCAACGAUGGUUGAUGCAUAGGUUUAGUGCAAGGUCCACACAAAGCAAUUUAAGUUGUAAGUUCCUCACUUUUUUCAAGAUAAGAAUUUUUUACCGUUUUUUCUUUUACUUUUUAAAUCAGUGUAUGAGAAUAGGAGAACAAACUGUUUAGAUACCGAUUUUGUUUGGUUUAUUUACUUACUUAUUUACAUCGAUGUGCAAUCAGAAACGAAAGGUCACAAUUUCUUUCUUUCCCUGACGUGUUACUUGAGUUUUAGUAUGACACCUCUCCUCCUCCAUUUUUCCCAAUAAACAAUAAUCAGUGUUUUCUGAGAAGCGUCGAAUUGUCCUUCCUAAGCAGUAUAGUAUUUUGCUAAUUUUUAGCCCGGGAGAUGCCUUUUUAGCCCCUCUACAAGUUACAAUUUCAAAAAUUUUCUUUUGCGUCGGACCGAACCUUUCGCGUCCUCCUACCUCACCAAGCUUGAUACUUCGGCCACCAGAUUCAAUUUUGUUGCGUCGCCCCUAUCAUGUAGCCGAAAAACCGUGUGAUGUAAGUUUUAUUGCAAAGAAAAAUCAAAUUUUAAAUUUAGAUUACGCUCACGUAGAUAAAUAAACAUUUCACAGGCAAUGGUAAAGAAAAAAUGUACAUUGGUAAAACUUUCAUUAGCAUCCUAUAGACAAAACUUUGCUUCGAGGUCUGCAGGGCACCACUCAAUUUUGCAGAGCAGAAACCUUUUUCACCCCCCCCCCAAACUUAUUGGCCUAGUUACGCCCCUGAACAUAAUUUGUUUAUCCGAAAGUAUAUACAUGGCAUAUCGCGAAGGCCAGGUGUCUCUAUUUCUUGAUAAUGAGUUUGUGAACUCAGAGAUUAGGAAACGUGCACUCUGAAACGUUAUAAAAAAGUAAUAAACGAUUGAAUUACAUUAUUCAUUCAACAUUUUUACGCUAACCUAGCCUGUACGAUUUCUAGAAUAUUACCUGUUAUUAUUACGACAAUAUAAGAGAGUCAUAAUAUCAACUCAAGUAAACACACGCUUUAAACUGAACUUUAGGGGCAAGACUUCAACCAGAAGGCUAUGACCGAGAGUCUAAAACUGAAUGUCCCAGAAGCAAACUUUCUUUCGUGGCACAUAGAAUUCGAAAAGGUCACAUUUCUUGCAUCCUGUAAUCCCGCAAUCAAAUUUAUCGUUAGGGUUGACACUCCGGUUUGAUUCUGGACAGGUCUUGAUUGCGCAAGGAAACCAUCGGAAGCAAAGGGAUCUCCUGCAUAUGCACCCUAGUUCCCACAUUGGGACUGCUUCUUCACACAAAGGAUAUGCUGACUCAUUUCUCACAGGCAGCCAUUUCAAUCUAUUUUGGAUAUUUGACAUUUUUUCCCCUGCAAACAAUUAAAAGUCAUUUACAAUAUUAUUUAAUAGUUUCAAAUCCGCACACAUAUGUGAUGAUGAUGAUUAUUGUUCAUUAAUGAUGUGAAUGCGAAGGAGCGGCUGAUUCUGGUGUUUCAAUAAGAAGAGAGAUAAGGGUGAUGUUAGGUUCGUCUGCGGAAUUCUGAGAGCUAAAGCAGCUGCUGCAGAUGUUCAAGUCUCAGUCACGUUGUGGACAUACUUAUGUUGAAAGCUCAAAACAGUAUUUUGAAAGCACUGUUAAAAUACACUUAAGUUGAAGGAAAGUUUGAUUGAUAUUUUGUCGGAGCAUUUUAGGCCAAGCUUCAUUACAGCUGGACUUCCUCAAUGCAAUUAGUGAUGCUAUACAAUUCAUAGUAUCGGGAAGAUUUUUGUAUAGCAUGGAAGCUGGACAGUUACAAAAAGACUCGUCGUGUUUCCAAGCAUUGCGGUCAUGCACGCUAAGAAUAACAUUUGUCGUGGUUAUUGGCUUUGGGUUGUGUGUUUCUGGACUUGUCGUUUGCUACGAAGUGUACGGGCAAAAGAUCUUGACCGGUAGCCAGGGUGAUGUAGCCCUUAAAAGCGUAUCAACUAGUUAUUGCCAAGAAGUCAAGAUUGCUAGUAAGUCCAACGGUACUUAUUUUAGCGCGUAUAUUGUCAGAGGAAACCCGCCAAUGUCAUCAAAAAGUGUUGUUUACGUCAAUGCAAAAACAUUUUUCAUGCCCUCGUGGUCAUAUCAAUAUUGGACAUUGUACCUACUGAAAGGCUCGCAUGUUGAUAUAUACAUCUGUGCCAAUCAGUAUUUAAUGUUCUAUGUUAUAAUGGGAAUGAAGUCAUUUAAAGAAUGGAAACAAACAACUCUUUAUCAAGACUAUGAUCAAGUUCAUCGGCUGUUUCCAAAAGAAAACUGUAAGAACAGAGAUAGUUUCAACCAUUAUACAAUACAAGUAAAAAAUUCAGAUUAUUAUCAUCUUCUUCUGUCAUCAUCUGUUGGUUGGAGAUUCUAUACAAAAGUUUCACUUGCAGUACAUUUUGAUAGAACUGUGUACAAUACCACAUCAGCAAUUCAGUCAUGUGUUGAUGUGGGAUUUAACAGUACAUGCUCAUUGUCAUUAGAAUACAACUCUAAAGAUUCCAUUGUCAUAGUGCAUGGAGGGACCAAAGGAAAUAUUCCAGAUAUGUUCCAGACAAGCAAACUUUAUUGGCAUCCAGUUCCUAGACUUCAAUAUUAUGCGAAAUUCUUUGGAGGAAUUUUUACUGCUAUCCUGUUCUUUACACUCUUCUAUACUGUUUAUCGCUUCAUUGUGAAGAAAUUAGACAAAUCAAAGAAAAAACAAAAGAAAAUGACCUCUAGAGAGCUAAUUCUUGGAGCAGAUAGGAGGUCAAGUAGCAAAUUGUACCUUCCAAGGCGUCCAAGGAGGACUACACUAGCAAGCUAUGAAGUUGUUGGGCAAACUGAGGAAGAAUUGGAAGAUGAGAGAAAUAUGUCUCGACUCAAUGAGGAAUUUAAUGCAAGCAAUACAUAUUCAACAACAGAACAAGUACGAGAUAUGAGCAUGACAGCUGCAGGAAUAAGUGCUAUCUAAAAAAUCUGAUGCAAUGUAAAAACAAAUAAGUGCAAUAUUAAAUGAACUGGGACUUUAGUGUGAACUGCUCCAUUCAUAUGUGAUUAUUAACCAUUAGGUUACUGAAUUCAUAAACUAAAUUUAAUGAAAACAUGAAGUUGAUUUUAGCACAUAAAUCACUGAUGAUAUCAAAAUGAUUUCUAGGUCAGGUUGUUUGAUUCAUACAUAAAUUAGUAUGAGUCAUUUGAAGUCAACAUAGCAACUGGCCCCAGCCCUACUGUUACUUCAACGUCCCUGAAUUUCUUCCUAAAAAAAUACACACAUUAAAACAUUUCAUACUGUCACUAGGAAAAGCAGAAGCAGGAUGGGAUGGGGGGCUAGAGGGUAUCAGCUACCCUUAAACUUGCAAAAGGUUUUGAUAAAUAUCAACUUAAGAACCUUUUUGUUUUCAACAAAUGGAAAAAUUUUGAUCACCCUGUCCACUCCCUUAAUAUCUAUGAUGCUCUGCAUACUAUACUAACUCAGUCCUUGAAAUGAUGAUAAUGAUUGAAGUUUAUUGUGUUCCUAAUAAGCGUUAGUUAUAGCCAGGCCUGGAAAGAGAUAAUGCUUGAGUUAGACCAAGCCUUUCCACAUGCCCAACUGUGCCCCUAAAAGUUCAAUGUGAUAAGCAUAACACCAUUGUUUUUUUAUUAACUCACAUAGCAUGGUUAUUAUACAGCAGGGCCCCCUUGGUGGUCCCUCUAAAUGUUAUCUUCAUAUAAGCUGUAUUGAGAAUGCAGAUUUAAGCAUUGAGAUAUUCUGAUGCUAGUUUUGCGACCAAGUUUGAAAGGGGCUACGAUUAUAGUGCACUUGCAUAAAAGCCAAGAGAUUUUUUUACAAUGAGAUUCCAAGUUAUGGGCAUUAUUGCAGCAGUGUCUUUUAUAUCAAUACAUUAAUUAACCUUUCAUAAAUAACUUCCAUGGAAGCUUACCAGAAUUAAUACUGACUAAAAACUUUUAUAUUUAAAGCCCUAAACAACUGUUUCUAAAGGCCUAAAAUGACUCUUGUUGCCAAGUUACAUAAAAGCAUAUGCUAGUUGUAGUCAAAAGGCCCAAAUUCUUAAGCCUGUAGAACCAUGCAAAUUAUCUUGGUGCACAAAUGUAUCCUAAUGUUGUAAUCUGAUUUGGUAUUGUGAUGAUUUAUUGAGCAAUUUUUUACAAUAAUAUCACAAAAGGAGAA